CACUGGCGACUACUGGCGACCCAAUCAGAUGAACUCCUUUCCACCGGGCUAGCGCAACUUCCUGUUGUGGCGAUGCUCGAGGGUACGCGUGCCUUCGGGAUUGCCGCGCUCCCCGACAUGGAGACCACGCUAGUGUGGGGCGACCCCGACCGGGAUGCUGCGGCAUAUGAUCGUGUAUAAAGCCUGCGGUGAGGUUAGGUGACCUCUAUCAGCCUCUAUCUGCGCAUGUUCUACUCAUUGCUUUUGCCAAUGGCGCUCGCCGUUUCGGUCGUGACGGCUCAGACCACUACGGACACGAACUCAGUGAUCGGCGAGCUCAUCACUGCUCCGAACCACAAAGGUCGUGUUGCCGAUCUUCCCCAAGACUCUGAUUUCGUAUUCGAUUUUGCGAAUCCCCCGACUGCCGCUAUAACCAAGGGUGCCGGCGGGCGCCUCGUCCUCGCAUCCGUCGCGACCUUCCCUGCUUUGUUGGGUAACGGCAUUGCUAUUGCUUCUGGGUUCCUCGGGCCAUGUGGGAUGAACACCCCCCAUACGCAUCCAAGGGCCACCGAGUUUCUGUAUGCAGUCAAUGGCACGCUCACGAACGGGAUGAUCACGGAGACGGGCUCUCGUUUCAUCAUUAAUAACGUCACGACGGAUCAAGCAAUGCUGCUGCCUCAGGGCUCGAUUCACUUCCAGUUCAACGACAACUGCGAACCGGUGCACUUUGUUUCUGCUCUGAAUAACGUAGACCCCGGUGUCCUGUUGGCUGCGCAAGGGUUAUUUGGCUUGCCUCCGGCUAUCGUUGCUGCAACGCUUGGCCAGCUUGGUGUUGAGGAAGUGGCUGGCAUUGCGACAAUUAUUCCUGAUGACAUCGCCUUUGGCUCCCAAGAAUGUCUUGCGCGAUGCGGCAUCAACCCUGGUCAGCAGCCCACCAACGAGCAAGUUCCCCGUGUCUCUGGCAACGCUCUUCCCGCAGAUAUUAUGACUGCUAGCGCAUGGAGUCCCUCGAACCAGAGCCGGAGCGUCCUCGGGGCAGUAGCCGACUCUUCGUCUGGGUCCUCGACUUCUCCUCAAAGAUGCAACCCGUUGAAUUGCGCUCAUCGCGCAAACCGUUCAUAUUCUCGUCCUGUCAUGAAGGGCCGCGCCCUCGUUCCCACUCUCGAUGCCGAGGUCCACGACGACAAGCCUUAUGACCCGGCCGAUUCGCAACAGUCCUUCUACAGCCACAUCCAUGCAUGAUCGCCCUUGGUGUGUUCCUUGCAGUUGAGUCGCAGAGGUAGUUUUCUGGGCCUUUGUGGGGUCGAUCCGGAUCCAGAACGGACAAAUCACCUUUUGUAGCCGUAU